CAACAGCAGCGAGCGUGGGCUAAGGGGCUGAGUGGGUGGGAAUGCGCGCUGCUGGCUUUGGGUCGAGAGAGGGGACUCUGCUGCAGCUGUCGGUGCUGCUGGCCGCCGCGCGCACACGGGCAUCGUAAGCAUCCUCAAACCAUCACCAUCUCAGCACCACCAACACCACCACCACCACCAACACCACCACCACCACCUCCUCAACCAUCGUCGUCGUGGUUGCAACCGCAAGGAGUUGCGUGGCCCCCGCUGGGCACAUGGAGGAGGAGGAAGCCACGCAGGAGCGCGGCCCGGCCUCGGGUCCCCUCGCGCGGAGGAAGCCGUCGCCUCCGAUGGCUCAGCCGGACCGGCAAUCUGCGAGUUUCGAGGCCACCACCACCACCACCUCCACCAUCUCCACCACCUCCUCCUCCCCCGAGCACCCUCGGGCGGUGGCUAACGGCUGCUGCGGGGGCCCCGAGGAGGAGGAGGCGAACGCCGGGGACGCGGUGCCCCCGAGCCCCCUGGGUCUCCCGGACGCGCCGAGCCCCGUGAGCCCCGACGCAGAGGGGUGCGAGAGCCCUGCCGAGCUCGGGGGCAGCCUGGGUCUGCCGAGGAGGAGCAGCAUCAUCAAGGACUCGACCCGGCAGAAGCGCGAGCGCAAGAAGACGGUGUCCUUUGGCAGCAUGCCCACCGACCGGCGUGUGAGCAGCGCCAGCGACUGCAUUAACCUCAUGCUCGAGGGCUGCGAGCUGCGCAAGAUCCGGCCAAACUCGCGUGUUUACCAGCGCUACUUCCUGCUCGAGUCCGACCUGCAGUGGCUUCGCUGGGAGCCGUCCAAGAAGGACUCGGAGCGUGCCCGUCUGGAGAUUGUCGCCAUCAGGGAGGUGCGCGUUGGCAAGAACACGGAGACCUUUCGCAACCACGGCUUCGCGGAGCACAUCUCGGCCGACUGCGCCUUCUCCAUCAUCUACGGCGAGGGAUACGAAUCGCUCGACCUCGUGGCGUCCGCGCCCGAUAUCGCCAACGCUUGGGUCACGGGGCUACGGUACCUCCUUUCCUUCGGCUCGCACUCGCUCGACAUGCUCGAGAGCAGCCACAACUCGCUGCGCCACUGCUGGCUGCUGCCGCUCUUCACGCGAGCGGACGGCGGCGGCAAAGGUUGCCUGCCCGCCGAGGUGGCCUGCCAGCUUUUGCAGGGCUUGAACCCGGCCCUGAAGGGCAUCACCAUCAGACUCAAGCUGAAAGAGCUGCAGAAGAGCAGGGUCUCCCCAAUAGACGGCAUCUCGUUUCCCGAAUUUGUCGACAUGUACCACGAGUUGUGCACUCGGGCAGAGAUCUAUUUUCUACUGGUGCAGUUUUCCAGCAGUAAAGAGUAUCUGGACAGCAGGGAUCUAACCAUGUUUUUGGAAGCGGAGCAGGGCAUGACUGAUAUUACUGAGCAAAUGUGUUCGGACAUUAUCCGGCGGUACGAGCCCUCCACUGAAGGGCAGGAAAGGGGCUUUUUAGGAAUUGACGGCUUCACGGGGUACCUCAUCUCUGCGGAAUGUGAUCUCUUUGACCCGGCGCACAGGAGGGUUUGCCAGGACAUGAGCCAGCCGAUCUCCCAUUACUACAUCAACUCGUCCCACAACACGUACCUAAUCGAGGACCAGUUCCGUGGCCCCUGCGACGUCAGCGGCUACGUGCGGGCCUUGCGGAUGGGCUGCCGCUGCGUGGAGAUGGACGUUUGGGACGGGCCGGACGGCGAGCCCAUUGUCUACAAUGGCCAUACAAUGACGCUGCCGAUCACCUUUCACAGCGCGCUGGAGGCCAUUAACAAGUACGCUUUUGUGGCCUCCGAAUACCCAUUGAUCAUCUGCUUGGAGAACCACAAUUGCAUUAUGCAACAGAAGGUUUUGGUGCAGCACAUAAAGAAGGUUUUGGGCGAUAAGCUGUACAUCAAGCCCGUGGACAUCAAUGAGAGCUACCUGCCUUCGCCCGAGUCUCUGAAACUGAAGAUAAUUCUCAAAGGGAAAAAGUUACCUUUUGAGGAACCGGGGCCAGAGGGAGAGGUCACAGAUGAAGAUGAAGCCUCGGAGAUCGCACAGAGGACAGAGAUGUCCCAGGACAUUUUCCUCCAGCCAGACGAAAUCGACGUGAAGAAACAAAAGUUGUGCCCCGAGCUGUCCGACCUGAUAACCCUGUGCAAAUCUGUGCGUUUCCGGGACUUUGACUCAUCGCAGCAGUGCCAGAAGUACUGGGAGAUGUGUUCGUUCACCGAGGCCCUGGCAAGCCGAUUUUCCAACGAGUUCUCGGAGGACUUCGUCAACCACAAUAAGAGGUUCCUUUCUCGAAUCUUCCCCAGCCCCAUGCGCAUCGAUUCUAGCAAUCUCAACCCGCAGGACUUCUGGAACUGUGGCUGCCAGGUGGUGGGCAUGAACUACCAGACGCCGGGGCUCAUGAUGGACCUCAAUGUGGGCUGGUUCCGGCAAAACGGCGGCUGCGGCUACGUCCUGCGCCCGUCGGUCAUGCGGGACGAGGUGUCGUACUUCAGUGCCAACGUGCGCGACGGGCUGCCCGGCAUCUCCCCGCAGCUGCUGCACAUCAAGGUGAUCAGCGGGCAGCACCUACCCAAGCCACGGGGCUCCGGCUCCAAGGGCGACGUGGUGGACCCGUACGUGUACGUGGAGGUGCACGGCAUCCCAGCCGACUGCGCCGAGCAGAGGACCAAGACGAUCGGUCAGAACGGCGGCAGCCCCGUCUUCGACGAGAGCUUCGUGUUCCAGGUGAACCUCCCCGAGCUGGCGAUCGUGCGCUUCGUCGUGCUCGACGACGACUACAUCGGGGACGAGUUCAUCGGGCAGUACACGAUCCCGUUCGAGUGCCUGCAGCCGGGCUACCGCCACGUGCCGCUGCACGCGCUCACGGGGGAGUGCAUCGAACAUGCCAACCUCUUCCUGCACGUGGCCAUCACCAACCGCAGGGGCGGCGGCAAGGCGCAGAAGAGGGGCCUCUCUGUCCGCAAGGGCAAGAAGACGCGCGAGUAUGCCGCCAUGAGGCUGCUGGGAGUUCGCGUGCCCGACGAGGUGUUCCGCACGGCUGCGCAGCCCCUGCACGAGGCCACCGAUCUGCGCGAGAACAUGCAGAACGCGGUGAUGUCCUUUAAGGAGGUCUGCGGGCUGCCACCCGCAGCCUGCCUAAAGCAGUGCAUGCUGGGAAUGUGUGCGCGCCUGCUGAGCUCGGACGCGUCGGCGUGCAUGGUGCUGCAGCUGCGCGAGGGCUACCCGGCGCUGGAGAGUCCGGGCGCUCUGCCCGACAGUCUCAAGAAGCUCGUGCAGGCCUUCAACAUGAUGGUGAACGAGAUGAAGAACCUGAUUGAAAGUUCCGAGUCCCUGUACAACAAAAUCAUCCACUGCCAGAAGGCAGGUCUGGAGCUGCACGAAGACCUUCCUAAUGCGGGAGCCAAGGAUGGCCUCAAGGGCCGUAAGCUGAGCAAGGCGUUGGAGAGCUUCGCUUGGAACAUCACUGUGCUCAAGGGCCAGGCUGACCUCCUGCGCAAGGCCAAGGCGGAGGCGCUGGAGAACCUGCGGCAGAUCCACCUCGGGGCGCUGUCGUUCGGCCUCGACCAGCCGGCUGGCACAGGCGUGAGCAUGGGAACCGGCUCCCGACGCUCCCGGCACGGCACGGGCUCCGGCUCGGGCUCGGGCUCCGGUUCGGGCUCGUGCUCGGAGGCGGCCCUGUCCCGUCAGGGCACCGGCGGCUCUCUCCAAGACCGCGAGGGCAGGAUGCCGAGCAAGCAGUGAACGCUUGCCCCACCCCCACCCACACCCCCCUUCAGCAGCGUUCCCACGUCCGUGCUAUGUUUUGUAACCACUGAGUGGAUUGGGUCAGUGGGUGGAACCAGCAAAGUUUAGCUGUGAACAUUGCAAUACGAUCCAAACCUGUGCUUUGUGCUUUAACCUUAUUUUGCAAGAAGCAGCUAAGCUUAAGCAGCCAAUGAAUAUCGCGUCAGCGGGUAACUUAAGUGGGGGUUUUUUAGCGGCCCCAAAUAGUGUCAGACAUUUUUAUUGCGAUUUUAUUUUAAUAUACUUGAUUAAAAUGGAAAUCUAUUCUUUCCUUUUAUUUGAAACGUUUCCUCCUGCCUUGCAGCUUCUAACAGAAAGCAUAGAAAGGCCUGUUUUUUGUUUUGUUAACUUCCCAUCACUUCGUACACCACUCAACUUUGGACAUUUCAUCAGUGUGGACUCUGCAGACACUCCAAAGGGCCUAUCCUGAGCCUGGGACUGAAUCAAGCCAGGGAGACUCAACUUCCCUGUGCAGUCACCCACAUUGCACACCGUCGACUCCCAACGUGACCCCCCCCCCUCCUCCUGAGCUGGGCCAUUGAACAAAUAUCAUAGAAUACCAACUCACAGCCCCCCCCCCCUCAAGCAGCACGGUAAGUGACCAGAUUCAAUCCCUUCAAGACGUACAUUGCGGGCCAUAUAUUUUAGUUGGUAACAGAAUGACUUUAUUUACUUCCUUGAUCUCUUUUAACUGUAAUACGUACAUGGAUUGUACAAAGUGUAGAGGAGCAUUGGCACAUUGGCCAAAGCUUCAUUGGGGAUGUUGAUGUAGGUGUGUUGAGCUGAAAGUGUAGGCUUUUGCUUGCACAAUUAGCAACACUUAACAUCAAAGCAGAAUGUUAAAGCAAUGGGUGGAUUAUUGCAAAUUACUUUGUAGUGUCCUUGGGUUUUCAGUAUGCGCGUUUGAUUGGUUGUGAAUUAUGUCAUGCAAAGGUGAUGGAUCCAAACCCAGUCCCUACCUCAAGCCGCUGUCAAAGUUUAUGUCCAUACAUAACUGAGGCUGAGUUCAUCAUGCAAUUUAAUUUGAAUAGCGGGAAAGCCAAGGUGUCAAACGGUAGGAAAAUGCCCCAAAGAGCGGUGAUUACAGACAUUUCUCAGGAGAUGCAUCAGCCUAAGGAGACGAUGAGCGUACGUCACGAACAUAAUAUUACAUGCCUCACUUAAAUUAUAAUCGUGUGCGGUCAACCCAUGGAAAAUUAAGUACGACGGUUUAAUUGCCGUACUAUAACAAGAGUAAACUUGAUGCUUGGCAAUUUGUGCAGUGCGGAAAUGGUUACACCAGGGGUCGGCAACCUACGGCUCCGGAGCCGCAUGCGGCUCUUUACGGGCUGCUUCUUGACGAUAUGUACGUAUGUACAGUAUGUACUCAGAUGCAUUGCGGCUCUUGAAAUACUGAAUUUUGUACCGAAUUGGAAAGAAAUGGCUCUUCUUGUUAUUUUGGUUGCCGACCCCUGGGUUGCACGAAGUGAAUUUCAAAUGGAAACCUUCGGAGAUGAGUCAUUUAAAGAAACACUUGUAAAGUCUUUUUUUUAUUGUUUUCCCACGUAGCUUAUAGAAUGGGCAAUUGUACGGAAGAACUGCAAAGUGCAGCUUGCUUAUUUCACGUUGAUCUAUUUCAAAAAAUAUAUAUACACAUUGAUUAUCAACUCGACUGUCAUGUUGAUUUCAGACGAAUGGCUUGCGUCGCAUUUGUGAAACUUUUAUCGCUGUUUGUUUGCAGUUCAUUCUAAGAAGAUAUGUUUGUGUUUGGUCAUGAUCAUGCAUAUGUUCCCACAUGGACCUGUGUGCAUUAGAAACCUUCAACGUUUAUGAUCCCAGAGGUGUAAAACUGUCUUGUCCACACAAACCCCUGCCCUUCUUAGUGUGCUUGUGGGCCCCUUAAGUAGGCGGAUGGGAAGGAACAAAAACAUUUAAAAGUUACUGAUUUUAAGUUUAAGUAGGGCAGAGUGUUUCAUGUUUUUGCCGUCACGUUGAAAGCAAAAAUAUGAAAUGGCUUUUCGGAAGCCACGGUGGCUAAGGAGCAUUUAAUGUGUGCAGUAUCCGGUUAAAUCAUGAAUAAAAUAUCAAAUGCAAUUCUCAAAAAAGCAUUUAUCAGCAUUCUUAGCGCAAUUUAUUUUGUGUGUAAAUGGAUAUGUAGUUGAACAUCCAGUUGCAAUUUCAAUCUAAACUUAAGAGGGGAGACAUUUGUUUAGUUAACAUGUCCAGUGCAGUAGCCAACCAAGAUUACCAGCCAAAACCAAAAACAUGCGAUAACUGAGAUCUACACUGUGGUUAUGUGAUCUAGGCAAGGUACUGUAUUAAGCAAGCAAGCAAGCAUCAUUUGCAGCAAGGUUGAAAGUUACGUAAUUCAUUUUUCUAGAGCAGCUCUUUUCAGUUUCACAUUUGCCCAUGAUGUGGUUUUGUCACCAAAUACGAAAAAGUGUAAUGUUUGAAAAUGACCAAUGGAAUUUUUUGGUUUUUAAACUGAACUCCAUAAUGAGACCAAAUUCUGCUUGUGUUUCUUUAAAGAUAAGUCUUCAACCAGCAACGGAUAACAAGAUUUGACAUGUGAUUAAUGAUAAUAAAGUAUAUGGUAAGAGACCGUAAAAAUAUAGCUGGGAGUUAAUCUUGGUGGUUUUUCUGUGAGGUCCAAUAAACGAAAGGGCGUAACUCAUUGACCUUCAUUCCCUCAUGAAUCCAUGGGCACAUGAGAAAAAUUCUCCCUGGGGCAACCGCAUCUACAAAAACACCAUGGAAAGGUUUUUUUUUUUCCUAGCAACCCAUGGGGUAUUAAACCACCCCUUGAUGGCCACCAGAUUGUUACUCCUGUUAACUUGCGGUGCGUUCCUCAUCUUAAAAUGUUACAAAGCUGGGUUUCUCAUUCCCACACUGACAGAUUUAGGUCAAUGUAUGGCUGCCUCUACCACUGCCUUUUUAGAAUUGCUCUCUUACAGUCUGUGUCCCAUGCCCAUGCCGAAUGAGCCCACACACGGAGAGCGUAUUCGUAACACAGCAUCACAUUUGAGUAUCCUGAUUUGCUGUUUUCUGCUUGUUCUGACUUCUGUAAUGCUUCAGACUUUCACAAUAUAUUGUUGCUGCAUUCUGGCAAAAUUAGUUUCUGUCCACAUCUCACAGUUUUCGUGGCUAUGUUUAAUAGUCUCAGUGUGAUAAUUGGUUUUUUACCUUCUUGGUUCUUUCGGUAAAGUCACAUAGAAGGGAAGUAAUAAAAUAAUAAAAAUAAAACAUAAUAAAAAUAAUUCUCACGACGUUUCGGCCACAACGCAAGCAGCCGUCCUCAGGUGAAACCAGGUCUGUCGAGGCGACAGCGUCUGAAUGGCAACAAAACUGACACCUUUUUUAUGAGGAGUCAUGUUUGCAUAGACCACAAUACCUACACACAUUAUCAGAGUUGUGUUUUUUGUUUGCAUUAUGACUGCAGGUAUUGUGGUCUAUGCAAACAUGACUCCUGAUCAAAAAAGGUGUCAGUUUUGUUGCCAGAUAAAAGGGUAAAAAACCAAUUAUCAUAUUUUUUACGGGCAAAUGAGGUUCCAAUGCAGUCUCAGUGUGCUUUUAGGCUCAUUGUUUUACAUGCCAUCAAUUGACUCUCCUAAUUAAUGUUUUCCCAAGCGAAGCACAUGUCCUUUGGGGUACGCUUUAACUCUGUUUUUUUUCCCUUCGGCACACCUGAUUUUGGUAUGUUCUCUUUUAAUAUUCGUGUCAAAUUCCUACCAUUUCAGGAAAUAUAAUUUUAAGGAAUGAAUUGCUGCUUGUUCCAAUUUGACUGCGUGCAGGGAACAAUUCAUAUCGAUAAUAAAAUUUUACCAUUUAGUGUUUUCACGUUUACCAAACCACAUUCCGUACGUUUAGUUAGUGUCAAAUGCCACUUUUGAAGCGAUGCACGAGUGAAAAUUACGUUGACCUCAUUCUCUGGGUAUCGGAAUCUCUCGGCAUUGACCCAAAUCAUAUUUUCUCUUCAGGAUUAAUUUUUUGCCGAGAAAAGUACUGAAGCAGCAACUGUGCACUAUCGUAGACAGUACCUAUGUUAAUCAAAUAGUCACGUGGUUAAGAUUAUAUAAGCUCUUAAUUGCUUUCAACAGAUGCCCAUUAAAUACAUUACAGUACUGCUGUACAUUCUAAUUUCACACUCGGGGGGACUACACAGCCAUUUCCAUAUCUUAAAUUUUUUUUUAUUCCUGAUUUCCCAACAAGCUGCGAGUUGUGCGUUUGUGGUUGUAAUGACUUAGAUCCCCUUGCGAAUACACUUAUUUUAAGCUAUAUUAGAUUUGUUUUUAAGUUGUACUCAUAAGACGGGCAACUCUGUUAUUUUUCCCAGUGUUACAUCGUGAAUUGUGACCUCUACGACAUGUCAAGUUUAUCAGAGGACGCAUAAUUAUAUUGAGCUUGUUCUUCGUAUGGCUGAUGUUGAUGCAGAGCAACACAUUUUGUUGGCGGUCAUGCCAGGUUGAUUGCGUCCUGAGUAGCGAAGUGUACUGCUGUGAUUCCUUGAAUGAAUCUGUUGUAAAGUUGCAGGUGCAAUCUAAAAUAUGCAGAGGGGGGGCCCCUCCUUCCUCGCCGUUGCGAGAUUCAUUGAACAGUCCCGAACAGAGUAGUUGACUGCUCGUUGAUACGGCGAAGUUUGUAGCUUAGCUUUUGAAAUGAUUAGCAAUUGUGAAUAGCACACAAAAAUUACUGCCUUUCAGCACAAUGAAGACUGUUCCAGAACACAUUAAAGUUAGCACUUUAACGUAACAUAUAGCGUGGGCUGUGCUGAAUGUCAUGCUUUGCGAUCGCAAAAUGGUAUUGUUCGUGUAUGUUCAAUCAAAAUUGUUAAGAUGAAGGAGUUUAAGCGUGUCUGUCGGUUGUUUUCGUCCGGCAAUUACAGCGUCUUUGUAAAUGUAUUUCAAAGCUUUGUCGUAUAUUUCUCAUGAUAUUUACACUGUGAGGUUUGGUGGACCAUGUAUUUUUUGGUAACAAAAAGAAAGAAAUCUGCAUUAUCUUGGCUCAUCUUAAUUGUCGUGGUUUUUAGAGACUUGCUAAAGGCCAUACACACAUCGCUAAAAGUGUGCGUCAUAUUGGCAGCCAUAAUGUUAGCCAGCCCUGUAAACUUUGUGGCAUAAUAUGUAGCGGCGAAGUGGGUGUGUCGAUGGUAUUUAUAUUGUAAUUAACUUACCAGCACUUGGCUAAUAUACAAACAAGGUUAUAAUAAGUAAAAAAAAUAAUCAGCUUGGUGUGUACCUUUUUCCUGCCAUAAAUGAUGUUGUACUCGAUGUGCCUCAAGCUUCACAGAUUUUAGUAUAAAUUUUUAAUAGACUACUUUGUAUUUUUGUAGGAUCACUGCUUUGUGUAUAUUGCCAAUAAGGUCAUACUGUAUGUUGAAGUGUAUACAAUGUGUGUGUGUGUAUACAUAACAAGUAUACAUGUAGCAGGUCAUAUAAAAUGGGUUGGAAAGAAAUAUGAUUAUAACUAAAGGUAAACGUUUUCUUUGCAGCAGUCCUUUUCCCUAUAAACACACCCACAAAAUAUAUAGUGUUAUUAUCUACAGUACCGUGCUAAUAUGUGUGUAAAUGCGUGCUUUUACGCCCGUAAACCAUGUUGAUUGAACGUUGUUGACUUCUGUUCUUGCCUUGGUUGGUUAGUGGCACUGUUUGAAACCGACUCUAAUUAAUUUGUGUAACAUUCUGGAUCGGAAGGAUGAUUGAACUUCGUAAAUUUACGCUUCUCUGUGGCGAGACUCCCCCAAUGCGCGAGCUGGGAAACAUUCCCUGGGGCUAAACGGCUCAAGGCAAUACUUGGCCUUUGCGUAAUAACGGUGUAAAUGAUGAUAUAGUACAGUGGCAUUUUCAUGGAGUGUGGGGGGCGGCACAGCGCUAAUCCCAUUUGGCGAUGGUGCCAAUAUAGGUUUAGUACGAUGCCAAAUGUUAAUACAGCAAGGUUUGACCUUGUGUUGACCCCCUUGUGGGUUGUGUAACGUUUUGGUCUGCCACUGUGUAAAUAACAAGGCGAUUGACCUUUGGUAUUUGCGUCAAACGCAGCAGCUUAUGAAAGGAGGCCGUUGGAAUGUGAUCUAUAGUUGUUGGAGCCAAUAAAGUUUGUAUGUAAGUGCAGUUCUUUUCUGUUUUGUUUAAUAUAAUGAUCUGUUUUUUUAGGAGUAAAUUGAUAUCUGAAUUAUAUUGAUACGGAGCUUCAGAGUUUUCUAGUCUAAUAUAAUUUGAAGCAUUUGUGAUGAAUACAAAAAAUCCAUAUAUAAAGUAAUUGGUUAAAAUAAACACAACCAUGCCAAAUGUGAGUUUUGUUUGCUUGUUACUUUUCCACAAAUUGAAUGUCUACAACAUUCAGAAAUCGUAUGUAUUUUAACUGAUGUAUCUGUUUUUCCAUUUUAUUAAUAAAGGCAGUGCUGUAAUCCUGA